AUGCGUGCCACACUCGUCUGCCGGCAGGGCACCAGCCGACAGUGGAUGCAGCGGCAGUCACAAGAUCCGUUUGUAACCAAGGCGCGCCAGGACGGCUACGUCGCGCGCAGCGCGUACAAAUUGAUCCACAUAGACGACCGCUUUCACCUCUUCGACCGCCAGCACACACGCAUCGCGAUAGACCUCGGCUGCAGUCCGGGCGGGUGGUGCCAGGUGAUACGUGAGAGGGCCGGCGACCGCUGCUUCCUCCUUGGUGUCGAUCUUCUGCCUAUCAAGGCGCAGAUCCCGAAUGUCGUGAUAGUGCAGGGAGACUUCACAGACGUUGCCACCCAAGAAACGCUUGUACAGCACCUAGCCCAUCACAGCGCCACUCUCGGUGGAGGAGAUGCAACGACGGCGGUGGCGUCGUCCUCCUCAUCUUGCUUCACCAAAGUGGACGUCGUCACAUCGGACAUGUGCCCUAACCGGAUGGGCGGCUCUCAAGAUCGGCAGCGCAUUGCGCAGCUGAACCUGCAAGCCAUCAACGUGUGCGCACCGCUUCUGCGCGUCGGCGGGCACUUUGUAUGCAAAGUGCUUGGGAGCCGCGCCGUCUACGAGGAGCUGUGGUGCCGCCUGUCCCGACUCUUCCUUACUGUGCACACGUGUAAGCCACCGGCGAGCCGCAUGCAGAGCGAUGAGGCUUUCUUGGUGGGGCUGGACAAGCUUGCGACGCCGCGUCCGGCCUCGUCCACCACCGGAAGCUGCUCCUCGAGAGCGGCCAUGGGCACAGCUGGUGGAGACAGCAGCGGUGGGGGUCAUUUCGGUCUGGACGACUGGCCGGGUUUUGGCCGCCCGGCGCGGCGCCAGCGGCGGGGAUGA